AUGUCCACACCCGAACCACUCCAAGUAGUGGUGGCGGACGAGAAAGCCCGAGCAGCCCUAAGCUCAUCGUCAUCCAACGAAACCAAAGAGGAGCCCAAGAAAAAAUGGUAUCGAAAACUCAACCCCAUGCGCCUACAGAAGAUCCCUCCAAUCCCAACGGAGCGAUCUAUCUCCCACGAACACGGCGCUUCAUUCCUCAGCAUAAUCUCCUUCCAAUGGAUGUCCCCACUGAUGAAAGUCGGAUACCUGCGCCCACUGGAACUGCAGGAUAUUUGGACUGUUAACCCUGACCGGGCCGUUGAUGUAUUAUCAGCGCGGUUUGAUGCAGCAUUAAACCAGCGGAAUGAGAGUGGGACUAACCGCCCGCUCGUCUGGGCGUUGUAUGACACGUUCAGGUUCGAGUUCUUGCUUGGUGGCGUGUGUCAAUUUUUCAGUUGUUUGCUGCUCGUGUUUGCGCCGUAUUUGACGCGGUACCUCAUUGCUUUUGCUACCAGGGCUUAUGUUGCUCAGCAUACUGGUCAGCCGGCUCCGUAUAUUGGUGGUGGUAUGGGUUUCGUUGUGGGUAUCACUUGCAUGCAGGCGCUGCAGAGUCUGUGUACGAAUCAGUUCUUGUAUCGGGGUCAAAUUGUCGGUGGGCAGAUUCGCGUGGUGCUUAUUUCGCAUAUUUUUAACAAGGCCAUGAAGCUUUCUGGUCGGGCUAAGGCGGGAGGGAAAGCUACUCCCGAGGAAGUUAAAGCGCUUGAAGCUACGAAGGAGGCUCUUCUCAAUCCUGAGAAGAAAGGCAAGAAGGACGAUAACCAGAAGCCCGAUACUGCUGCUGCUGCUGCUCCUGGUGGAGUGGCUGGCGAUGGCACGGGGUGGAACAAUGGCCGCAUCACUGCUCUCAUGAGUAUCGACGUUGACCGAAUCAACUUGGCCUGCGGCAUGUUCCAUAUGGUUUGGAGUGCGCCUAUCACCGUCAUUGUCACUCUUGUUCUUCUCUUGGUCAACAUUGGCUACAGCUGCUUGUCAGGGUAUGCUCUGCUGUUGAUCGGAAUGCCUGCCCUCACCUUCGCCAUCCAAUCCUUGGUCAAGCGUCGACGAAAUAUCAACAAAAUCACCGACCAGCGAGUAUCUCUCACCCAGGAAAUCCUACAAGCCGUCCGCUUUGUCAAGUACUUUGGCUGGGAAAGUAGUUUCCUAGGUCGACUCAAAGAAAUGCGGGGACGAGAGAUUCGAUCCAUCCAGACAUUGCUGGCUAUUCGAAAUCUGAUCCUUUGCGUGUCCAUGUCUAUUCCCACAUUCGCCUCGAUGCUGGCUUUUAUCACCUACGCCCUCUCAAACCACAACUUGGAUCCCGCGCCGAUUUUCUCUUCACUGGCUUUGUUCAACUCCCUGCGUUUGCCUCUGAAUAUGCUGCCGAUGAUUAUUGGUCAAGUUACCGAUGCUUGGACUGCUCUCAGCCGUAUUCAGGAGUUCCUCCUUGCGGAGGAGCAAAAUGAUGAUAUUGAAAUGGAUGACAAGAUGGAGAAUGCCAUUGAGCUUGAACAUGCUUCAUUCACCUGGGAACGUCUUCCAACAGAUGAGAAAGAUGCCGAAAAGGCCGAAAAGGCCCAAAAGGCAGGGAGGAAAUCACUCUCCCCAAAAUCCCCCAGGGAGAAUUUACUGUAG